AAAAAAGUUUGGAGGUCUCGCUGAGAUCACUCCUCUCCAACUGGUUUCAUACAUGUUUUUUUUCCAUUUGGGGAGGCUUUUAGUUGGAGGUCCACAUCGGAAAUCAGUGUCCGUCUGAGUGUUUCCUCGGCUGUGAUUUCUCCAGUUUCUUUUUCUUUUCUUUUUUUUUUUUGUCCUGCAGGAAUACAGAGAGAAACAGGGAGAGAGAGAGCGAAAGAGAGAGAGAGAGAGGGGGAAACGGUCUGGCUGCUUGAAGAUUUGUUGCGACACCAAAACUUUGGCGACAUGAGCGCGCACGGCGGCGCGCCUCCGGCCGGGCAACAGAUCGUGCACGUCCGCGGGGACUCCCAGACGGAGCUGGAGGCCCUCUUCAGCGCUGUGAUGAACCCCAGCAAGGCGGCCAGACAGCCGUCCUCUCUGCCCAUGAGGAUGAGGAACCUGCCGGACUCCUUCUUCAGGCAGCCAGACUCCCGGGGCCACUCCAGACAAGCCAGUUCGGAUGGAGGUGUGUGCGGCUCCCUCACUCCUCAUCACGUCCGUGCCCAUUCCUCCCCUGCCUCCCUCCCAGUCAACUCCCUCUCCACUCAAGCAGCAGAUGCGACGCCGAUCAUAACUGACGACGUUCCACUCCCCCACGGCUGGGAGAUGGCAAAAACGCCUACUGGCCAGCGUUACUUCCUCAAUCACCUGGAUAAGACAACCACUUGGCACGACCCCCGACUUUCGCAGCUUCAGUCGGCUGCAGCUCAGCAUCCUAUCUCUGGCACUCCGGUCCACGCCCACUCCCUCAGCAACCCAGCGCCCACUACGCAACCACAAAACAUCAAUCCAGAGACAGGUCCACUGCCUGAAGGCUGGGAGCAGGCUGUGACUGCAGAUGGAGAGGUGUACUACAUCGAUCACAUAAAUAAGACCACCGCAUGGGUCGACCCGCGUCUAGCCCAGAAGAUGAACCCUGGCAUCCUUGGCUUGGCACUGCAGCAAAGGCAGGAAAACGAAAGGCUCAGAUGCAAACAACAAGGCCUCCCUCCACAACUCACACCACAGGAGGCAGGAGGAAGGAACCAGAUGCCCGGCGGGAUGGACCAUGACAGGAACGCACAGACGCUUGUUCCGUCUCUAGAUGUCAGGAUCAGAGGCUCAAACCACGAACCUACACUUAAUGGCGCUCACUCUCGCAACGAAAGCACUGACAGCGGUCUGAGCGUCAGCAGCUUACCCCGCACGUCGGACCACAUGUUGAGCUCUGUGGAUCACAUGGACACUGGUGACUCUGCCGACAUCUCCGCGAUGACCUUACAGGACUCGAUGCCUGUGCUCCCGAUGUCGGAGGGUGAAGAGCUAAUGCCCUGCAUCCCCGAGGGUCUCAGUUCAGACCUUCUGAUGGACAUGGAGACAGUUCUCUCUGGGUCGCACAUGGACAGAGACAGCCUGCUCACCUGGCUAUAGACACACCCAGCACACUGCCCAAACAUGUUUUGACAUCAAAUCUUCGUACCGUGACUGAGAAUUCUGGAGAAUCAAAAGUGGAAGAGAACAACAUAACUGAGAGAACGUGCUACUGUUGUGUGAUGGAUACCUAACACUACUCGCACCCUGAGGAAAGACAAAACUCUGACUCUCACAGAGGGUGGUAAGCUGCUGGUAUUCUCCUCUUUUUGGGCCUGGUUUUACACAGAUGCUCCUUUCUUUUUAGUCAUCAACCUUAUAUGAUGCUCUGCACGUCUCUGACAGAGUGCACCAUAGCUAAUUUUAGAGGACAGAUUUAUUUUAUUAUCCCUACCUGGGUAAUAGUGUUUGCAUAAAAUGUUUAAAAACUGUGUCAUGUCAAUUAAGUUUGCAUGUAGCAGUUACAUAAAUGCAAGGAGACUUGUUAAAAUAACAUAGAAGUUGUAGUAAAGUAACAAAGUAUCAUAUCCACAUCCCUUCAUAUAGCCUGUGGGAUAAAAGAGCAGCAUCUAGUGCUACUACCUCUAAGCAGCCUGUAAUUUGUUAUUUGUAAUGCACAUGCUCACAGUUGUCCAAACCAAGAGAGAGCAAGAGAUGAAUCAAAGAAUGUACUUGGAUAAACAUUACAUUGGUUGUCCCUGCUAAAAAAAAAAAAGAAAAAGAAAAUCAUUCAUCAAAGCUCCUACCACUGCUACACAGAAACAUCUGGGUGGAGAGGACGCACCCUUGUGGUAAACCUGUAGAAGAAUAAGAACACUAACAAGAAUCCUUUUCACUUUGAAAUGUAAGACUCAAAAAAGACUUCAGGAAAUCCCCGUUAUACAGCCUUGCUAUAUAUACAUAUAUAAAAAUCACUUAUUUCAAAUUACUCAUUCAGGUUUUGUUAAAUCUUUCAUGGGAUUGCAUUUUAUGGUUAAGUGUUCAUUUUGUCCACUCCAGCAUUGAAUAUAAGCUUCACAAAUGUAGUAUUUAUUGGAGGUUUGUUUUAUUGGAUUGCAUUAAAUUGUACAGUUUUAAUGUUAUGUCCACCGCUUGUUUUAAGAAAGUCUCAGCCAAGUUUUUAAGUUUCAUCUACGCUUUUCAGAUGCACUUUUCUUACCAUUUUCAGGCAUCCAUUGUUUUUCCAGACUCUUGAAACUUGCUUGAGUUAUGUAAUCACUCACUGUGAACAUCAAGUCUGCAGUAUUUCUUCAUCAUUGUGGCAUGGUGCAAAUUAAUUUGAGGAGUUCAUGCCGCAUUACCACACAGUGAUGACAUAACACUGAAAGAAAAUAAUGAACACUUGAUGUUGACUGUAUCUUCAUCAGGAUGGUGUCUGAGGCUGUUUAGGGUUUCCUGUAUAUACAGUUCAUUGAUCAGUCAUCACCAUAGAUACAUGUAUACAAAACCACAUUAUCAUCAUAAUUAUCUUAAAAAAACAAUUUACAAAAAUAUUAUUAUUCUUUGUUGAUACAAAAAUUUCAAGAGGAAUAUAAAUGAACAUGCAUACAUUAGUGUAUUGUUAUAAUAAUCUGUUUUCUUGAUAAUAGUGAGUAUUCUUUAGCAAAUAUAGUCUUUCAUUUUAACCCAUUAAUGGGUAAAACGGUUGCAUAUGAAUGUUUAAAUACAAUUCUGUGUCUUUUUUUUAACCUAAUUCAAAGCACAGUAAUCUCAAAUCCCUUUUGUCAUCUCACGAAUUAAAAAAGUCAGUCUACGGAAUUUCACAACAGAAGCAAGUUUUAAGAUCCUGCUAAUAGAUUUUAAAGUUGUUUGGACAUGUAUGGAUUAGAUGCGUGGAACACUAGAAAAAAUGUGUCAAUUUCUAAAGCAGGGCAGCACAGUUUGCGAGAUAGUUAGCGAUGUAAAAUGCAUUUGAUUUGUAAAUAGUCUAAAACAUGUCAAAUCCCUUGUAUAACCCUUUAAAAACAAUCCUGGACGGUGCCAUUAAGAUCAAAGCUUGCUACCUUUCUGUAGAGUUAUUAUUUCUUCUGUCUGUGGCUCAAGCUGACCACUCUGAAAGAGUUGUUUUAUGAAAAUAUUGUGCUUUGAAAAUGGACUCUGGGCCCAUUUAGAGAGUCAUGGGAUAAGUCAAGAACCCUCAGAAAAGCAACAUACUAAUUGCAGAUGCUGUGUUCCUGGUCUGUUUAGUUCUAACUGCAAGUGCUAUUACAGGAUCUAAUACAGAAGGCAGUCGUCACUAAGCGGAGCUCUUUAUUCUGAUUAUUUAGUUAAGCUAUAUAAUAAGUAUAUAAUCUGUUUUUUUUAUCCAGUUGUUGUUUUUGCAGUGUGUUUCAUAUUUUUUCUGAAUUUGAAGCUGUUAUUUUAUUAUUGAUGAGAGCAUUUCUUCUAACCAGCUUCCUUUUUAUAUACACAGUUCAUUCACAACAUCCCCAAAUAGAGCCAAGUCACCUAAUCUUUUUUUUAAAUUAAAGUACCGUAAAGUAGCGCAACAUACUGUUCAUACACAUAAUGCAACACACUACCUAGCCUAUUAUUUAUCUUAGCAUGCAUGACACUUGCUAUGAAUGUUACAUAUAAUGAUGUUUAUUAUCCUAUUUACAGAGAGUUUGGAGGCAAUCAUGUGUUUUGUACGUUUUUAUGCAUGUGCUUUAUAUAAAUAUAUUUCUUAUUAUUCUUACUGUAAUCAUUUUAAAGGAGUUUGUGUUUAAUAAACGUUUAAAUACACCUGGCAAGUAGUAAUUUCUAGUUAUGUGUCUGGUGUGGAUUGUUUCAUGGUAUGACUGUAAAACUAAACCUCAUUGCCUUUACUGGAUGUGUUUGUAUUUCUAUUAGCCUAACAUGUUAAUUUAACUCCAGAUUUGUGUUGUAAAUGUAGUAUGUUAGGUUGCAUACUGCAGCAUACAUACUAUCAUACUGUAGUUUAAGUAUACUGUUAUAAAAUGUUUUUUUGGUAUAUGCGAAUACUAAAUCAAACCAAUGAAGAAAUUACUUAAUUUAAUUUAGUGAAUUGGAUGUAGUACUAACCUCAACAUAAUUAUCACACAAUCACAUGUACUGGUAUACAUAUUUCAUUAUACAUUUGAAAGCUUGUAGAUCAGCCCUUGAACAACAUUUUAGGCUGUAGGUGUUUCCAGGAGAUGGAGUGUCUCUCUUUGUAACAAUAAACUGAACUAAAGUCAA